AUGAUGCGGGAGCCCCUGCCCUACCGCCACAAACUCGUGUGGGAGCCCCUGCUCGACCACGUCUUGCUCAUGUGGGAAACUCUGUUCGACCACAGUAGGCGACGAUGGGAACCCCUGUUCGACCAUCAUGUUCGCACGUGGGGACUCUUGUCCAUCCACGUCACACUCGGUGGCGAGCCCCUGCUCGGCCACAUCUUGCCCUUGUGGGAGCCUCUGCUCGACCACAAUGGGUGCAGGUGGGAACACUUGUUCGUGUUCGACCACUGCUCUUUCGUGCGGGAACCGCUGUUCGACCGCGUCGUCGUCGCGCGGGAGUCACUGCUCGUCCGCGUCGUCAUUACGCGGGAGCCACUUUUGUCCACGUCGGACUCCUCGCUGCAAAGCGAGGAGACAUCAUCACUCGUGCUUAGGGGCACGGAACAAGCGGUACAGAGAGGGCCAUCGCUCACUCUGUGUACCGCCGGUGUCGUGGAUGUACGAUCCACGACUGUAACGUUCGGCCAAUCACUUGGAGACACCAAGAGAUAG